AGAACGAGAUUCAGAAAAAAAAUCCUUCUAUACUCCCUAGUAAGUAUCUGAAGUAAUAGUUACGAUCUUCAUCUGUGGGAUUCAAAAAGUAAGAGUAACUACUCAAACAUCCAUAGUUAUAAAUAUUUAUGAAACUACAAAUAGAGAUCGCCACCUACUAGGCUAGAACCAACUUAUUAAGUACAAGAACUUUUACUUUAUUCAGAAUCAACAAAAACAAAAACACCAAACACGACCAUGCCUGAAUACGUGUCUGAAGACCCCGCUUUGUUGGAGCCGAAAGGCGGGAUCGAUUUUGAAGCCCUACCUUGGUUCGUGAAUUGUACCGAUCACAGCAACUAUGUGCUGUGUCAAGUAGACGGCAAAGCGGGAGGAUGGGGCGCCGAACACUACGUUAAGGCUCCAUCUCCUACUCUCCCAUUUUUUGAAACAUCCCGAGACCGUUUGAAAAGGGGAGAAGGUCUCAGGGUGAUCGUCCAGAUGGAUUAGGGUGAGCUCCAACUACGACAGCAAAAAUGACAGUGGUUAAGGCUGCAGCAAGAAAUCCAUCUUCGUUCCCCAGCAUCGAUCUUGGUCCUCUAUCAUGCUUAAUGCUGUUUGCUAGAUCAAGGACUAGUACAAGGGACUACUUCUAUAAGUCUACAUUAAGAAGAUAUUGAAGGGACGAUGAAAAGGAGACCCAACAAGAUGCUGCUGAAGCUGAAUAUGGAUUUCUCUGGGAGGUUCUAAAGUGGUCAAGCAACGCAAGCGCAGAAAUACACGCAGAUUGGUGGGAUUUUUCCAUCCUGUACCAGUUUGAACUAUAGCACGACUGUGUGGGAAGGUCUGAAGGCCUUUCGAACCAGCAAAGGACGAUGUGUCGUGUUUCGACCAGAUAAGAACUUUGAUUAUGGUUGAGAUUGCGUAUGCUCUUGGCAUCAACAUGAAUAUUCCACAAUUAAUGCUUGACAACAUUGUCAUGAGUACCAAUUAUGCCCUCACUUCAACAACGUUUUCCACGUAACUACCUCAUCCUGCGUCCAUUCUUCUAUACGACAUGCGUUCAAUCUACUUCGAUAUGACCAAUCCUGUCGUCUAACCCAAACGCAUGUCCCACGGUGCGGGUCACAUGCUAUUACCGAUGCCCUCUCGGGAGAUGUGGUUUCGAGCUGUGCAGACCUCUGUCCGUACGAAUAGCAGUUUGAUACCACCCUACGGGGAGGGGAUGAAGCUGUACAUCAGGCCCAUUCUGUUCGGGUCUGGGCAGCAGUUAGGGUUGUAUCCGAGUCCGCAGUUUUCGUUCUGUGCAUAUGUGGCGCCGACUGGUAGUAUUUAUAAGCUUCACUACAUAAUCUUCACAUGAUCAAACGUGCAGUACUUCCACGACAUCCAUUCAAUACGUUUUUAUCCACAACCACGCACCUCUUCAAAAAAAUACCAGGUAACUACUUCAAAUCUGCUACUGAGGGCCUCAAAUUGAACAUUGAGAAAGUGCAUGGCAGAGCAAUGCGAGGUGGGUUUGGAUCGGUAAAGUGUGCCGGAAACUAUGCGGUUUGUCUACUACCGCUAACAAAGUCGAAAAAUAAAGGCUUCUCGGACAACAUCUAUUUGGAGUUGGAGAGCUUUCAUGUUAGUACUCUUACCUUUUCUACUGUAUCAUGGAGAUUCUUUUUCUUUUUCUUAAAAAUGCAUUCAUUCUUUCACCGAUUGUUGUUGUUCUUUCGAGUCUGACGAGAGAGGCAUCAUGACUGAGAACAGUAGAAAGCAUAGUUCCUUAUGCUCAGAUUCAGGUUUUUGUAGCACAACUGGACUGCCACAGCACCGUCACUCCUUCCACAGAUAAGGAGCACCUGAAGAUGAGCACCGCUGAGGCGAUGAAGAAAAGUGUAAUCCAGGAGAUGUCUGCGGCAAAUAUAUUUGUUGUGCAGAAAGAGAAAGCACGAAUCCUGACACCCUCUCUGAGACGAAAAACGAUCCUACCUGGUGUGACGCGAGACACGGUGAUCAAAAUUGUCGAAGCAUACAACGAAGAAAUUGCAGGGGCUAUGUUUUUAUGUUGAGCAAUGUGUCUGUAUGUGUGAAAGCAUGAAUGGUUCUGGUAUUUGGUAACCUGAUUUGGAUCAUACGGAAAACACGAAGGGAAUCCUUGUGAUCAAAUUUAGGCUACCAAAUACCAGAACCAUACAAAGCAUAUUAGAGAAAACGACUCGUUUCCUCGGGCGUUUAUACAACCGCAGGAAAUGUAUCAUCCCGCCGAUGGCCUAGUAUGGUCGUUUGGAGUGCAGAAUGAUGGUCUUCACUGCAGUCAGGGUAGCAAUGCAGCAUUCUCAUUCUCUAACCUGCUCCGACUCCCCUACUCCUCCAUCGCCGCUGCCGAAAAUCACCCUAGAAGAAACCGACGUCCUGAUCGAAGAUCUCGCAGAUGCCAGUGAAUGUUUUGCUACCGGGACAGCGGCAGAACUAGUCGCUAUACAGGAAUUUGGCGAAUAUUUAGUGACUGGAGAUUUAUGGCUUGAUCCGUAGCAUGAGUGAUAAGAAUAUUCUAGCACUGUGUCCCUCAUUUUCUUUUUCAUCCUCCUAGGUUAGACCCUCCAAUCAAAGUACUGUGCUAUAUACUCAAGCUUCUUCGGAAAUACGAAGAAAACUACUCACCUGAUGUAAUGAUCGAAGCUCUAGCAGUCAACUCAACUAGCUUGUUUUUCGCACAUACGAUUACGAACAAAACUGUCUUUUUGCCUUCUCCCAGCAUCUCCACGACCACCGCCACAUCCUCCUCUUCCUUCUCCUCCAUUCUUCCUCCUCCUCCUCCUCCUCCUCUUCUCCUCUAACGGCCAGCGACGACAUCGACAAUGUAGACGAGGGACGAACGGAGGCCGACUUGCUGAAUUAUAAGAUGUCUACAGGCAAAUUUGGCGGACCUGUGAUGGCCAAGAUCCUACAGAUUUUGCGGGAAAUCAUGUUUGAACAGCGAGAAGACAAAUUUGCUUGGCUACGCGAUCCUUUUGCGUCAGUUGAGGAUUUUAGGAAGUGAUUUUGGAGGUUGAGGACUUUCGGGUUAGGUCGCCGAGGAGGUGGUUGGGGCUUAGGAUGGGGUUGUGUUUGGUUCUUGUGUUUGAGAUUUUCAAAUUUAGGUCAGGAAGUAGCUUCUUUUUCUUUCUUUUUUUCAUGGUAAUAUUAUGGCUGGAUGUUUUUAGUGGAGGCAGUGGGCACCUACGUGAGUUCUGCUCGAGUAAAAGUAGCUCCCUGCACUAUUGCUUACCUCAAGGUUUGUCUAGUGCUGCCAGUAUCACAGAAAUACUGUCAGGCCACGGCUCUACGGUCAUCAUGAACGAUGGCAACAGGGGCAACAGCGUGCAUAUUAUGGCUGUAGUUGAUUGUAGGUUUACCAGGAAAUUUUUUUUUGCUGAGCUGGUGGGUGCUUGUGGCAGAAUCAUACUUCAACAUUUCUCAACAACUCGAAAGAAUCGAAACGAUGAUAUGAUGAUUUUCUUACGGUGUAGAAAAGAAUAAGAAGCAACUAAAGUGGACAAAUAACGAAAGAGCAAGCGCAUCUUCAGGACUCCGAAGAUUCACUUACCGAUACAGGAAAGGCA